AUGCUUCUUCUUAUUUUUAACCCGUUGAAGGUAUCCGAGUACACAUUGCCACAAAACGACAGUCGCGCAAAAAGAGGCUUUUGCUUCGACACUAGAACUCAAGAAUAUGUCGCGCCUGGAAACACCUUUGAUCGAAGAUCCCCAAGUGGCCAAAUCGAGAUGUGCCGAUGUCUAGGUCAAGGAAGAGGGAGCAUACAGUGCGUUUUGCGGGACGAAACUUGCAUCGAAAAAGACUCAGCUUUGGGAACGUGGCGAAAGGUCGGUGAAGAGUGGUUGCUGACCAAGCCAAACGGGCAAGAAUUCGACUGUAUCUGCGUCGCCAAUGGAAAUGGACACUACGAAUGCUCCGAUGACAAUUCCCCCGAUGUUCCUCAGUAUCGCAAUCGCCAAAUAGGAUGCCAAGAUUUAGACGGAGUAAAGUAUUCGAAUGAACAGUCCUGGUUACAGUACAAUCCGGAUUUCGGAGGAAUGCAGUUGUGCAAAUGCAACGGAAAACAAGCGGACUGCAAGUUUCACGCACUCAACGAAGACAACGAAAUCAAAGAGUGUCGCAUUCCGUUCUUUUACAAUGGAAAAGCUUGGUUCAAUUGCGCGCCUAGAGGAGGCAAGCAGUUUUGUCAGAUUGGAAGGUCUCAGAACGACUGGGGCUACUGUAUUCAGACGAAGGAAGAAUACACUGAGAAUGACCCGGCUACGAUUGUUACUGUUCAUGGCAACUCAGAAUCCGCUCUCUGCCACUUUCCCUUUUUCUACAAUGGAAAAGUGUUCAACGAAUGCACAGAAGAAGGCAUAACCGAGAGCAGCCAUCAAAAAUGGUGCGCCACCACUUCCAAUUACGAUAAGGACAAAUCAUACGGUUUCUGCGAGCAAGUCUGCGUCCACAACAAGCACAGCUACAAAGUGGGAGAAAAAUGGAAGGCGAUGCAAGAAUCGACAAAUAAAGAAAUGAUUUGCACUUGCUUCCCGGAUACUCAGUGGAAGUGCGUGUAUCCAGACAUUUGCGAAUACCAAUUUGGCAACGAAAUCAGAAAAUACGAGCCUGGAUCAACUUGGAUCGACAACAGAGAUUCUCGGCCAAAAUAUUGUGAAUGCACCGGCGGAGGAAAUGGAAAAUGGCAUUGCACAGACAACAAUUAUUGCAAGACGAAUACAGGCAGCUACAAGCCUAUCGGUGAAACUUGGGAUGAAAUUCAUAACGGCCAAGUUCAUUACUGUAAAUGUCUCUCUUUUCAUGACAGAGAGCCAAAUUGCGUGAAUAAACGAAAUAUUCGCUCUUUGGAUGUCCGUUCGUCGAAUGUCGAUACUUUAGGCGACACGAUCAAGCUUCACUGCGAUUACGACAGGACCGUCUCUUCGCGAGGGGAUCCAUUGAUAACCUGGUUCAUCAAAAACAAAAACCAAAGAAGAAAGCUCUACGAAGCGACGAGUCAAUACUCAUACGCCUUCGACAACGACUUCGAAAAAUACUCCCCAAAAUGGAACAAGAACAAGCAAUAUCUUGAACUCACGAGACCAGACAAAGACUUAGAAGGCGAAUACAUCUGUUCUGUUGAAAUUUGGGGAGCAAAUCGACUUGACGCUGGCGAAGUCGUGAGCCGAGUUAACAUUCCGAAUCCUUUGAUGUUCACUUCACGAAGUAAAAGCCCGGCAAACAGUCAAUACAAUUUGACUUGGAAGUUCAAGGAAAAUUUUCAAUCCGAUCAAAAUGUCGCUUAUCGUCUUCGAUGGCGCGAAGUUGGCCGCUCUUGGCCAGAUUGGGUAACGCGAAACACUCAGUUUUACGCGAUUCGUGCCAAUGAACUCAAUCCAGGUCAUGAUUAUGAAGCUCAGGUGAUGGUCCUCGGCAGCGCAGAAGAACCAGCUUCUUUCCGAUUCAGCAUUCAAAAUGAAAACUCAGUCGUUCCUGUUUCUACCGCUUCGACAAAAAUCGACCCUCCCCCACGAGUUGGAAAUAUUCGAGCUUCAAAGAUUUACGCCAUGGCAGCUGAGAUCUCCUGGGAGCCAGUAAAAAACGCUGAGGGCUACAUUCUUCAAAAGAAGCCAUACAGAACAUCUGAGGAAAUCCCACUUUAUCCGAGUUCAACUAGUUUUCAGUGGAAAGAUCUUUCUCCAUCUACGCAAUAUACACUGAGAAUUUUUGUCGAAAAAAAUGGAAUGCGCUCUGCCCCAAGAGAACUCACUUUCCACACCAAGCCCUUGUCAAUCGCAGAUGUGAACUACCGGGUCUUUGCCGAUAAAAACGACGACCCAAUGGUUCAAGUAAGCUGGACCGGGUCGACAAGUGAUUAUGUAGUUGAAUACAACGAAAGAUCGCACAAUAUUCGAAGCAAAACGUUCACAAUGCCUGUCCGAAAAUCAGGACCGAAUGUAAUCUCCGUUUUCGCCAAGGAUCAAAAUGGCUCAAAAUCAAACCAACCGAGUGAACCAAUCAAUCUCGAAAAGGCAAUGAAAAUCUUCGAAACCCUGAAAAGGCGCCUCUCAACAAACCGGGAAGAAAAUAAAUUGAUUGUGAAUUGGUUACGAAUGCCCUCCAUUGAAAAAUGGGUCGCCAAGUUGAGUUGGAACAAUAAUGAGCCGCUAGAAGAAACUGCUCCCAAAUUUGCAACUCAAGUGGUUUUUAGCGGCGUGAAUUCUUACUCUGAGUCCAUAUUGACUCUUACUGGAUUGAUUGGAGAAAAUGGGGAAGUUUCGAUUGAGAAGACAAUUCCGCCCAUUCUCCGAGUUGAUGGAUUCGAAGAAGUUGUCGAAAAAAGGUCCACAGACACGAUUGUUGUGACUUGGCUGCCACCUCUGGCAGGGAAUGUGAUUGUUUACCUCGAAACUGACAGAGGAACCGAGCUUCCUACAAAUCAUUGGAUGCAGGGAAGAAAUUCUUAUGUUCAAUUCACGAGCCUCACUCCUGGUAAACGCUACCGCAUUCGCGCAGAUUACACCCUCAACGGUCGAACCAACCAGCAACCAAUUUUCGCGUACACAAAACCCGAAGCACCGCAAGUUCUUUCCGUCGAAAGCGAUUUCCCGAGAGCAACAAUCAAAUGGAGAACCUCGCUCAACAACGCCCAAAACGUCCAAGUGAAGAUUUCACUCAACAAUGUCGAUGUUUUCAAGAAUCAAAAUCUACAACCUGGUGUUGAACAAACUCUGACGAUUCCCAACAUUCCAUCGGGCGUCUCAAAACUGACAGCAGUAGCGAUAGUUCGAUUCGGCGACGAGCAGAUAGAAUCUGACGUAUUUGUCCGUGAAAUCGAAAUGCAACCUGCAAAUGUGGCUGGAGCAACUGGCCUGGAAGUUCUAGAGGUAACCUCCACCACAGCAACCAUUAGAUGGUCACCGAGAGAUGGCUUUCCUCAGAAAUGGAGGGUCUCGGAUCAAGACGGCAACUCACAAGAAAUUCCAGGGGGAGAUACUUAUAGAAAACUAACGAAUCUUCGACCCUUCAAAAAUUAUGUGAUCGACGUUGUGGCAAUCGUAAAUAGUGGGGAGUCACCGAAAGAGUCUGUUGCUUUCAAAACGCUAGAAAUCGCGCCACAAAAUUUCAAACAUUCUCGAGUUAUCACAUCAACGUCAGCGGAAUUUAUUUGGGAUAAAUUUGAGAGAAGCGAUGUAAAUGAGUUUCGAAUGUUCGUCGGUAGUUCGGAGCCUUCUCACUUCAUUCCAGAGUUUGUUGUGAAUCAAAGAAACGGUCUCAAUCAGAAGAUGAUUAAUGGCCAAAGAGUUUGGUCCUUUGUAUUUAACAAACUGUAUCCACUGGACAUGUACAGUGUCAAGCUCACAGGCGUGUCUGACAAGGGCGGGAUGUCUGAACAAGCCGUUUACAAUUUCCAAAUGCCUCCUGAAGCUAUUUCUGGUCUUCAAGUGGUCGACUCGGGCUCCGACUAUCUCCACAUCAUCUGGAAAGACAACAGUCAAACUAAAAAUCCGUCGUACCGAGUCAUUUACAAAAGCAAGCAGGGAGGCGCGCCGGAAGCAGAAAAUACAAGCGAGAAAAAUCUGGUGAUAAAAGGGCUCGUAGCUGGACGAGACUAUGAUAUUUCUGUCGCUGCUAUAAUUCCGCGCAACAAUCAACCGCCGCUGAAAUCGCUGGCGACUUCGAUCACUGCGGCGACUGCGAUUCCAAAACCGUCUAAAAUUGACUUUGUCGAGAGAGGACAAAAUGAACUUGAAGUCACGUGGCAUCCAAGCGCGAUUUAUGUUGAAGAGUAUCUCGUUGAAUGUCUUGAGGUAGAGACUGGAAAAGUCAUCAAGCACGAGAGGGUUGACAAGGGACGCACAUCAGUUACUUUCUCUGAUUUAUCAGAAGCAACACUUUACAGAGUGAAUGUGAAAGCAAAACGAAAUGGAAAAUACUCCGAUGCCGCGUUCGGUGAGCAUUUGACAUCGAUUCCGCCGCCUCGAGCUCUUCAACUCGUUGAGACCAAUGAAGACGGCUUCGCUAUUUCUUGGAAAAAACCUGUUCUCGACAAAAAUGUGGAAAUCAGAAAAUACAAAAUCGACAUAAAUCAUGGCUUCCAAAUCAACAGAAUCAACCACGUUUCCAAUAAAAACGAGCAAACAUGGAGGACGAGCGGACUAGAGCCAGGAACUGAAUAUUCCGUUAAUAUUUCCGCGCUUGUGGAAGUUGAUGACAGUUUACAAGAAGGACGUUGUGAGCAAAUUUCGAUCUUUACGAAACUCGAUGCCCCGAUGGAAUUGAUUUUCAUCACGAGUACAAGCUCCGGAAGACUUGAUUUUCAAUGGCUAGAGCCAGACGGGCCAGUGACUCAUUUCAAGGUGCAAACAUGGAAGAAUAACAAGCUCAUCAACGAAGAAACGAGUAAAAUCGACCGACUGCAUCACGGGGCGACUCGUUAUUGCCCCCACCGCCACAAGAAUCCGUGUAAUAUUUAUCAGACAAGGAGCUUGGGACUGGAAGAAAAUCAAGAAUACACGAUCAAAGUUGCUUCAAUUUUUGAAGAGCGGGGUCAUCGACUUGUUUCCAACUUUGCCGAAAUAAAAGGAACAGUACUUUCACGAAAUCCAACUGAUUUGGUCGUCAAGCUCCAUGGAAACAACACUGCAAGUGUGACCUGGAAUCCACCAUCUGUUGCAGUCAUCCGAUACCUAGUUAAUGUUUCUGACUUGACUGAUGAUCACGUGAGAGAGUCCCAAACGUACCCAAUUCCAACAGGUCAAGAUUCCCGAUAUAUCCUCAUUCCGAUGAUUUUACCCGGCCGACAAUAUGAAAUCCAGCUCCGAGCCUUAGUCCUAGUCGAUAACAAACAAAUUCCAUCAGAAGCACUUUCAACAAUCGUCCAAACCGCACCCGAUCGUCCCAAAGCGCUGCGAGUUGAAAUGAACUAUCGAAAAGAAAAUACAAUCACGAUCAAAUGGGAGAAUCCAGAUGCGCCCGUUAGGGACUACCACAUUCGAGUUAUGUCUGAUCCGUAUGAUCCUCGCUCCUCACAAGUGAUUGAUCACUUCGACCCGAGAUAUACCUUGCCGAAAGAUCAGUACGGAUUAGAGACACGGAAACAAGUCCAGGUCUUGGACAUUGAGGGCCUUGAUCCAGGACAAAAAUACAACAUCGAGGUCUAUGGGGUCAUCCCUUUAGUCGAUGUGAACACUGGCGAAGAUAUAAAAACUCCUCCUGCGAUUUUCAACUUUUCAACUGAAAUCGAUCCAAUUGUUGAUCUCAGAGUGACUGAGUGCACGAGCGACGAGAUAACUCUUGAAUGGACUCCUCCAAAAGCAAGAAUCACGCGGUACAAACUUUCAUGGAGCAGCGACGUUUCACAGCCAACAAAGAUUUUCGCUUAUUUUGAUAAUAAGAACAACAUCAAAAAAUAUACCCUUGGCAAACUCGAUCCAUCGACUUCUUAUACCCUCUCUUUGGAGGCAUUCCAAGGAGAUUUGAGCCGACAAUCGGAUAUUGCUAGAACUCUUGGUGUAACAAAAGUGCCCGCUGUCAACGAAGAUAACAUAAUUCUCAGAUUUCUGUCGAGCAAUUUUAUUGUUUUCACGUGGGAAGGCAUCAAGGGAGCAAACGAGUACGAAGUCAUCAAGGAGCGCGGCUCGACACGAGUUUCCACAACUAUUCGACCCAAAGAAAUCACGCGCACAGCGCAGGUCAUGUGCUCUCAGUUCACGAAGCAGAGCAAUGUCCUUUGUUACGAAGAUACUGUCGAUUCGGGCACCCAAUACAGAUUUCUGGUGAGCGCUGUAAAGAAUGUAAAUUGCACGAGUUACAACAAAUUUCUCUUCGGCUCCAAUCUGCCCUACUCUUCUCCUUAUUCUUACAAUUACGGCAACUACGGCCCAUACCAAGCCUACGGCGACUAUGGCUAUGCUGACUACUCCGACGGAAAUGAAGACCUGUGCAACUGUAACCAAUGCAGCUGUUGCAACGAGAAGAGUAUUGAUACUUGCGAAGCUCUGCCUCAUGCUUCAAAAGAAACUCUUAUUGAACAGCGAAUUCCGAAAAUAAUUCCGAAACCGACGGUUGAUAUUGUUGCUGAUGAAGAAGCGGGAACUAUAACCGCUAUUCUGACCUCAAGACCCUUGAAAAACCGUGCUCAGUCAAUUCAGUCAUUUAAAGUCUCACUUGCAACAGUCGGCGGCGGAUCAGCAAAAACCAAAGUCGUCCCACUUGUCGGAAUCGAAACAAAAGUUGUCUUCCAAAAUAUCAUUCCAGGAAGAGACUACCGACUCAUCGUUUUUGGACUUUCUUGUCAAGACUCGGAAAAAUAUCAUUGUGACAGAUCGCGAAGAGUUACGAAGAGAUAUACUGUAAGAGAAGUACAGGUCAAGAGUUUUGGCGAAGAUUUCAUCGAGCUUGAAUUUGAAAAGGCAAACAGGCACUGCAGUGAUAUUAAAUUAACGUACAGUACAGCUGGAGCUGUUGCUGGAACGGUCGAAAAUGCAAACAGUCCUUACAAACUGUUGAAUCUGGAGCCAUUUUCGGAGUACGAGAUCGACAUGCAUUGCAGCUUCAAAACUGGCCCAAAACGACGAACAACCAUCACUCAACGAACAAGAGCAGCUCCUGCCAUUGAUACAGAGUUGCGGCAAGUUUUGAGCACAGAAAUUCUUUUCUUUUGGAAAUGGCCCUAUCCAAAAAGAGAUGAUAUAACUGAAAUUGCGUAUAUUUCUAUAGAAGAGGAAGAGUGCAGAGGUGAAUGCAAAAUGCCCCAAGUAGGCCACAAGCCGAUCGAAAGAAGAAAUUCGGAAAUGACUCAAGCUGCCAGAAUCAACAAUAUUAAACCUGGAACAAAAUAUAUGAUCACCAUCACUCUCGGAAUAAAAGCAACUGGUCGAUCGGGAAACAACCACGAGUUCGACUCUACCCCGACGACUAAAGAUUUCACCACCCGCGAUCAAAGCAACUUGGCAUGUUACGAAGACAACACAAGCGCUAUCGCGCAUCCCCUUCACGAGCCUUGGACGACUGCUCAAGGAGUCAAAUGCGUGUGCAAAGUGGAAGGAACCGCUCCGGAAUGCCGCUCGGAUGCAUCUUUUAGGCCUGCUUACAUGCCAGACUUGUCGAAAGAUCUCUUCUGGAACUCUGAAACUGGACUGAUUGACGAUGGCUCGUCUUAUGGCCCCCGAAUUGAAGAGUUUGAGCAUCCACAUCGGCAAGCAUACAAUCCUUACUCAAGAUAUCGAGAGCCAACUGAAGAGCAAGAAAGCGAACUGGUGCUGAAAAGGAGGCACGCUCAUCGCUCGCGUUCCCGGAGUUUAACAGAAUCGCCAACACCGUAA